GGCCAUUUUCGGCCUCGGGGGGCCCUCGCCGGGCCUCGGGACCGUCGAAAAACGACUCAGGAUGAAAAGCCGGUCCCGGGGAACGGGUCUGGACUUCCAGGGACCCCGUCCUGAAAAAAUUAGGACGUCGCAUGUCUGGGAAGAGCCCCCCGCAGAGCUGAUUGGCCAGAACUCGUCCUUGAUGGACAAGGGGGGAGGGGGGCGCGGGAUCCUUUUUGUGGCCCCCCUUGUACAACCUACGUGGACAUGUUCGGCCCUGUUGCAAAGGCGCUGGCCCUGGUCGGCGCUGUUCACGUGCGUGCGGAAGGGGAGGCCUUGGUGACCGAGCUCGCGGAAGAGGUGCUUGCCUGGGAGUCUUGGAAGGUCUUGCCGAGCCCUUGGGAGACCGUCUUCAACCGACCGUCGAACAGGGAUGUGGGCUCUGUCACGGAGCACCCCAUCUGGGAUAAAUACGACCUCGAGGUUUUUCCCGACUCUCUCGAGACCGUGCGUGAGCAGGACGGCUUCCCGCCCAACAUCGCGAUGGGCAGAGUGCUGAUCAAGGAAAGCAAGAAGCCCACUCAGCCGCCUCCGAGCUACCGCAUGACAGGCGUCGGAGGCGAAGAGGUGAGGCACCUCAACGGCAUGGUGAAUCCCGCGGGAGCAACCACUGUGUGGGGUUGGCAGAGGAUCAGGUAUCUGGCCGUGAAGACGUGGAUCGACUAUUGGGCGACCCGCAACACCGAAAAGUUGAUCGUCGUUCACGCCAGUGGCGAGGUCUUGUAUGCUGGCUGCGAUGAGAACACGAUCCAGUACAAGUACGACGAGAUCAUCACCGCUAGCGGUGGCACUCAGAAGAUUGUCUUAGCUGCUGAGGUGAGCCCAUGGCCUAUGGGCUUGGCGUGGCGUUACGAGCAGACAGCUGGCAUCGCGACGACACAGAGCAGCUUCCUGUCAGCUGUGGGCGUCUCGUCCACGUUUGCCUCAACCUAUGCCGACUGCACCAACUCGACCGUCGGGUAUUGUACCACUCCGGCCUCGUACAAGUUCGCGAACGGAGCAUUCAUCAUGGGCCCUCUCGGGGACAUCGCGGACAUGCUUGCCGAUAUGUACUACUAUGCGGAUUCAGAGAGCAUGCUUAUCAACGAGUAUUUCCUCCACAACCCUGACAAGGUUGCUCUCGACUACGCCGGGAUCCUGGUGCUGUCCCUGAACAACAUGAAGCUGGACUCGGGCAUCCCAGUCACAGUGGAGAGCGCCUCGGGCACGAAGUCGUUCAAGAACCUGAUCACCGGCGGCAACGUGUGCUUUGUGCACGGCGGCGGCAAUUCGUUCGAUGCCCUCAAGGUCCUUGCGCAGGAGCUGCUGUCGGACGCGUGAGGGGGCGGAGGGCCUGGCGGCCGUGCCGUGGUCCGGCGCGCGGCGGGGCUCCUAGGCCCUAGAGCUUCUUCGGGCUGAGUGUGCGCCGCUGCGGCGGCCACGCGUUGCCCUUGCCUGCCCUUCUUCGCCUGGCGAGCCGCCUGCUGUCCUUCUGCUCUGCGUCCGCCUGCAGACCCCCCCCUUAGGCCUCCCCUGGGCUUCCGCCCGGCGGCCCGUCGCGCAAAAGCCGCCCCCCGCCCGCUUCCGGCCGGGACUCGGCUCCCCACCCCCAGGGGCACGACCGCCCCCUCGCCCUCGGCCUCCCCCCCCCUCGCUCCCGCCGCUCUUCACCGAGCGCGUUCCACUACUCGCA